AUGACUUCUCGAAUGUCAAAAGACAUUGUGAAUUCUUGUGCAAAUGAAACGGUGAAUGCAAUUAUUGAAGACUUGAACGGAGAUUACUUUGGGAUAUUGGUUGAUGAGUCCCUAAGGAUAUACAUGCCAAAAGUCAUUGAAAGAAGCGAUCUAUUCUUUGCUUUUAGACCAUUCUUUGGUCGAUCUCAAAUACGGGGACAAGGUUAUGAUGGAGCUAGUAACAUGCAAGGAGAAAUUAAUGGUCUUAAAACUCUUAUUCUGAAAGAUAAUUCUUCGGCAUAUUGCGUACAUUGCUUUGCUCAUCAAUUGCAAUUGACUCUUGUAGCCGUUGCAAAAAAACAUCAUGAUGUGAAUAAUUUUUUUGACAUUCUUGCCAAUGUUUUAAAUAUCGUUGGAGGUUCUUUUAAGCGUAGGGAGAUGCUUCGAGAUGAUCAAUUUGAAAAAUUAGAGGAAUUACUAGUGCUCGGUGAAGUUCAUACGGGAAGUGGAUUAAAUCAAGAACUUGGACUUCAAAGGCCUGGUGAUACCCGUUGGGGAUCUCAUUUUAAGACGGUACGUAACUUCAUUUCCUUAUUCUCAUCAAUUGUGCAUGUACUUGGAGUUCUUGCAAAUGAGGGUGCAAAUUAUCAUGAGAAAGCAAAGGCAAAAGUCUAG